AUGAUUCCUGUAAGAGUCAGAGUCUUCAAGGGCACGAAUGAUAAGUGGGAGGACAUGUGCAUAGGAAUGGUCUUCCGUAUUCGACGGGGCAGCAUCUUUAUCGAAGACGAUGUGUCUGGAAGGCCCUUUGAGAUAUCUUUUGAAGAGAAGCAGUGCGGGAAGUCGAAGGAGAAUGUUGUAAUUGUAUACAACGAUCUUGAGGAGCAUGCCAUAUGCUUUGAAGCUGAAGAGAUCCGGGAUGAGUUCCUCGAGUUUGUGGAGAAAGACCUCUGGAGCCAAAGUGACCUGGAUGUAAGAGAGGAGUGCACAGCCUCUGGACGGGAAACGAAUCUCUUUGCCAGUCUUUUCAGGAUCAGUAGAUACAUGGAUGCCUCUAUAUUUGGGAGGAUGCUCGAGAGCAGGGAUGGGGUGCUGCAGCUCCUGAGAAUGGAGAAUUUUCAUCUGUUCAGAAUGCUACUAGAGAAUGGAGAGAGGGUCUUCAGACUGUUUGGAGUUGCUUCUAAGAACAAGAUUACACCGCAUGGAUUCUACGCAGAAGUCAUAGCAAGGAACCUCGAUGGCCCGGCAGUAAGGACUUACGAGGACUUUCUUAUUGCAAUGGGCAAACAGGAGCUGGCAAGAAGCGAAAGCAAGGUAGCUGGGAUGUCCAACGAAGAGAUAAGAGACUUUCUCAGGAAAUGUGGGAGCAGCAGUUAUAAGGUGGGAAGAGUAGAGAUGUAUCUAGAGAGGAUCUACAAGGACGAUGUAUAUUUCUUUGAGAUGUUCUACUACCUCUGUCUGAUAUUCAAGGAAAGAAUGUCAGAAGCUGUCGACAUUGGAUACAUUGUAUGCAGAAUCAGGGGUCUAACCAACGAAAAGUACUUCAGCGACGAUUUUCUUUAUGCUCUUGAAGGACUGUAUAUCUUGCUGGAUGUGUGCAAGCCUGAGCAGCUGGAUGUGUUCUAUAUGGAGAUUUCCAGUCUCUUUGACAAUCUGGAAUGGUAUCCUGACCUGCAGAAUUUUUUGGUGUACCUGUUUGGCAAUCACGGGUUCAGAACAAGAGAGUUUCUAAUCAACACAGGACUGAUGAAGAGGAUAUUUCUAUCGGGCUGCGGCGGCGGGAUGGGUGAGGUCUUCCUCUCCAAGAUGCUGCUCCAGGUUGUAUCCUGCGGAAGCAGGUUUAUGCACAGGUACUUCAUAAAAAACGAUUUAUUCAGGAACAUUGCUGAGAUGUACAGAGAAAGGAGGAAAGACGCUGUAUAUUCCAUAUUCCUACAGGCCUGCUCUCAUGCAGACAGCGACAUGAAAACGUAUCUCGAUAGACACCUGCAGAACUAA